UCAAGUGUCAGCUGUCAGAUAGAAAUUGAAAAUCCCCUUUUUCUGUCAACAGCUGAGCCGAAUAAAAUUAAAAAAUUAAUUAAACUAAGCAAUACCAUAUUAAAACAAGGUAUAUAUGGUACAGUAUCAAACUGUUUUUUAUUCAGAAAUAUGGGCUGUUUAACUAUAUUUUUUAUAAUCAAGAAUAACAAUUCAACUAGUUACUUAGCAUGAUUAAACUUACACUACCAAAAAAAUGAACGAAGAAGUGCACCGACUUGCAACCUUUAGCGAAUGGCCAACUGACGCAGAAGUAAGCCCUGAAAGGAUAGCGAAAGCGGGAUUUUUCUCAACAAAACAAGGCUUAGAAGUGGAAUGUUUUUCUUGUCAUAUAAAGAUAUCCGAAUGGAACUAUGGCGAUCAAGUAAUGACCAGACAUAUAGCUUUAAAUCCCGAGUGUCCCUUUGUCCUGAAUCCCACUACCUCAGGUAAUGUUCCUAUAAUAUCACCUACAAAUGUACCUUCCACUUCUAGUAGAAAUCCUUAUAAAACAUAUGAUUCUCGGCUUGCUACGUUUGAAAAUUGGCCUGCUUCUGAUAUUGUUACACCUGCUAGUUUGGCUCAAGCCGGAUUUUAUUAUCUUAAAGAAGGGGAUAACACAAAGUGUGCCUUCUGCAAAGGAGUUGUAAGAGCAUGGGAGAUUGGAGAUGAUCCUGAAAAAGAACAUAUUAAACAUUUUCCAUGUUGUCCAUUUGUUAUUUUUGUUAUCAAACCUAAAUUAUUUGCUCAUCUCAACUCAAUAGCUAAAGAAUCUUUUUCUAAUAUAAAUGUAGUUGGAAAUGAACAAAAUUUGGACGCACUGGGUGUAUACGCUCAUAGAGGCCCAAAAAAAGCUAACUUUGCAACAGUUGAAGCUAGACUACGAUCAUUUGUUGGAUGGUCUUCAGAUUUAAUACAAACACCAGAAGUGCUGUCGGAAGCCGGGUUCUAUUAUGAAGGUAUGGGGGAUCAAGUAAGAUGUUUUCACUGUGAUGGGGGUUUAAGAACGUGGGACCCACAUGACGAUCCGUGGACUGAACAUGCAAGGUGGUUUCCAAAUUGUGCAUUUGUUAAAUUGGUCAAGGGUCAGGAUUUUGUUACUGCUUGUACUCUAGAACAUAUUACUGAAAGUAACGUGAGGCCCUCAAUACAAAAAAAUCACACGACCCGUCGACGGAGAGAAGUUACUGAACGCGAAAUUCAAAGUUAUCUGUCUAGUCCGCAAGCUUUAGCUGCCCUCAGCAUAGGGCUGAAUGUCGAAAGGGUGAAACGUGCAAUAAGAGAAAAGCUAGAACAAACCGGAAGGCCAUAUCAACAGCCUGAUGCUUUAGUAGAGGCAGCACUGAAUCUUCAACACGAAGAGGAAGAUCCGUCUUCACAAGAUCACUACAGUACUCCAAUAGACCGUAAUACUUUAAGGACUUUUUUUCGUGCGGCUUUGGAUCAAAUCAAUGAACAACAAAAUGAGCAGAUAGAAAUCCCAACUCCUGAUACAACUCAACAACUCCUCCACGACGCUGUUCCGACCCCCCAAGCGGACUUAGAUACAACACCUCAUCCUAAUAACGUACCGCAACUGGUAAAAUCCGUUUCACUGGAAGAAGAGAAUCGAUUAUUGAAAGAGGCGCGUUUAUGUAAAAUUUGUAUGGACAACGAGGUCGGAAUCGUCUUCCUUCCUUGCGGACAUCUAGCUACCUGUGUUAAAUGUGCACCUAAUUUAGAAGAUUGUCCUGUUUGUAGGUCAACAAUUAAAGCUACUGUAAGGACGUUCUUGUCAUAAAUUUUAUUGAUUGUAUUAAAAUAUUUGUUUGUA